GCCAUCAGUUAGUAUCAGGCGGCACCAAAUAUCCCCGAGCGUGUGUAUGAUCGAGUUGUGUGUUGGGCGCGAUCGGAUGCGAGGACAUCGAAGUUUUGCGCGCGCGCACAUGCUUCCGAGAUUUAUCGACCGAAGAACGAUUGAUCGAUCGUCGGUUGCAGUUUCAGAAGACAAGUGGCAGUCGAAGGCGCAUCGCGGCGCGGUGAUGAAUUGAUUGACUGUUUUGUGGCUGCAUUCGCUUGAUGACAUACUGAUGCCGCGCAGCAACCUGUUACGGUGUCGUUCGGCCAGGGGGGAAGAUCAGUGGAACAUGUGAUUUAUUGGGACCGACGACGAGAACGGUGAAGAGUAUCAGUUGAUGAGUGUGUGAAAAAAUUCGCAUCGUUGCUGCAGGGCAAAAAGAUGGAAAUAUUUGUGAUAUUAUUUAUUGUUUGAAAAAUUUGAUACCAAAACGAGAGCGAGUGCAAACUUAUGAGACAACGCUGCAACGGCAGCUGGAUGGGGAAAUUGAAAUUUUAAGAAGUAUGACAGUGCAGCAGAUUGUUUUUGUCAGAUGAGUGUUCGAAUGAGGAAUUAUUUAACCUGGGUUCGGUGAACACGUUGGAUGUGCUCCGAGUGAGGUAUGCAGGAUCGUUGGAACAGCAUAUAGGCAGAGCUGUUCUAGAUAGAUCCAAAAAAUGACUGGAAAUAUUUCAUCGAAAUUAUACGUUUUGAAUUUGUGAUACAGUUCUUCGGUCCGACAAUCUCGAAAGGAAUCCCGCGAUCGACCAAAAGCCAAGCAAGUUACCGUAAAAGUGGAUCUCCGUGCACACCCGAGUGGUGGUUCUGGGAGUGUGCGCGAGGAGCAUAAGGAAGCGGCGAAAUUAUUUCGACUCCCCUUUGGACCGAAAUCAUAACACACGGGCAAGGCUCAUAAAAAUGUCACUGGAUAACAGUAUGGACGAGGAGUACGGUUCGAUGAGUAGCAGCGGUGGCUUCGGGGAGCUGGACCCGAUGGGAACGCUGAAAAGGAUCAAGCUGGAAAGCGACGUCGCGAUGGACGGCAGCACCAGCAACGGAGGAGGGGGAGGAAGCCUGAGUGAACUGUUGCGGAGUAUCAAAAGUGGAUUGGACAUGCGCGUCCGAAGUGAUGAUGCUGCUGUUGCUGCUGCUGCAAGCUCAAGUGCCAUUGGGGCUGGUGGUGGUGGCGGUGGCGGCGGCGGCGGCAGCGAACGGACUGGGGGUGGGAUCUACGGUGGUAGUGGCAGUGGCCUGAAUAAUAAUAGUGACGCUUUCAACAAUAACAAUCCGAUCAAAGCGAAGCUCGGCGAGGUGGAUGAGGCGAAAUUUAGUGAGUUUAGUAAAUUUUUGGGCGACAACGAGAAGGAUGAGAACGUGGCGACGGUGCUAGAGCUGCUGCAUGAAAACUAUGGAUUGAUUCAACGGUACGCCUCCGGCUACGACUGCAACCAGGAAAAGUGCCAGUACGAAAAUCUGCACGAGCACUUCCACUGCUACGACACGUUCUGCCGGGGGAAGGUCCUGUACAAAAAGUACGAAAUCAUUCGCCAUCUCAAGUGGCACAAAAAGCGGAAGGAAUCGCUCAAGUAUGGCUUCUACCGGUUCUCGUCGUCCGACGACUGCAGCAUCCAGUACGGGCAGUGUCAGCACAACCACAAGCACACGCACUACCACUGCGUGCACGAGAACUGUGAUAAGGUUUAUAUCAGCACCAGCGACGUGCAGAUGCAUGCCAACUACCACCGGAAGCACGAGGCGAUCGUCAAGAAUGGGUUUCAACGGUUUCGCGCUACGGAAGAGUGUAAUACGGAUCAUUGUGCGUUCAAAGGACAGAAGACGACACACUUUCACUGUCGGAGGGAGAACUGCAAAUACACCUUCAAGAACAAGGCGGAUAUGGAGAAACACAAAACCUACCACCUCAAGGACGAGAUGCUUCUCCGUGACGGGUACAAAAAGUUCCUCAAAACCGAAGACUGCUCGUACAAAAAUUGUCGCUUCUCGCGGGUCUGCAACCACAUCCACUGCAUGCACGAAAAUUGCCACUACGUGCUGCACUCCAGCGGUCAACUGUUAAGUCACAAGCGCAAGCACGAACGAAUGGACACCGAGGUGGACUAUCGAAAGUUCCAGAUGGCCAAGAAUCUGCUGAGCAAGUUUGGCAUGAGCCGUUCGGAGGAGAAUGCUGCGACCUCUACCAAGGAAGAGGAUGAGAUUCCCAUCUCUCCGACUGCCACCUCGGAGCAAGUGCCACGCAAUCCGGUUCUGGAACUGUUGGCAAUCAUGUCGGAACUCACAUUCCGAACCAUGCCUCUGCAGAUGAUGCUUCACAUGCGAAUGCAGAUGCUUCAGAAUAUGGGCUUCGAUCAGGUGUUGGCUGCGGACAAUUUGGAAAGCUUGAAGAAGCUCUCGGAAAGUGGACUGAAUGAUGAGUACGUGAAACAGUUGUAUAAGUUCAAUGAAAAUAUCUGCCAGUUGAACGAACGCGCCAUGCUGGAUGUGACUCCGACACUGACCGAGUUGGCACGGAGUCAGGGAAGUCCAGUUCCAAUGAGUUUUGCGAACAUCGGUGAUCAAUUCAACCCACUGAAACGAAAGUUAGAGGACGAAGCAGUCGCUGGUCCUUCUACGCUUGUUCAGGAUUCGUCUUUCUUCAACCCAUCUCUGAACAAGUCGAAGCUGUUGUCCAACCCGUCGAUUGAUUAUCGACUACUGAGAAAGGACGACUCUGAGUUAAGUGACCCACCGGCGGAUGCCAGCAGUGCAGAUCGACAAAAACCCCUAUUGCAAACUGCAAAUUUUCUGCAAUUCAGCUCGAGUAAAACUUUGUUCAACAGGAAGCGGGGUCGACCUCGGAAAAACCACGUCAUGGAAGUUUACAAUAACGCUCAGGAUUCUCCACAGGCCAUAUUUACCAGUUUCAAGCUGGAAAAGAACGACUCCAACAAGGCGACACCAAAUCAGGACUUCCAUCAUCGAGACGGGCCGCUAGCGUUGGAGUCGGAAUCAAGGUUCAAGAAAGACCUGCUCAAUAGAAGCGAUGAGGAUGACACUGCACGGAGGCUUCGCAGCCUCAGUCCUUCGAAAAUGUUCCUUCCAAUGGAGCCACCGCCGUCGUCGUCCAUGCCUUUGUUUGCAACUCCGGAUUUUGGUGGAUUCUCUCAGAUUCUGGAGAAACACAUGCGCGAGAUCAAGGCGGAACCGAGCGCGACCGUAACCCACGAAAUGGAUCUCUCCUAUAAAGAAAAGUCCCGCAACCACCUGAAGUGCGUCGUCUGUAACAAUUCGUUCGAAACGUUUGCCGACAUCAAGGAGCACGAGUGCCACCAGGCGAAGGAAUCGGAAAAGCCUCUGCUGGCGUUUCCUCCCGGAUUGACGAUGCACCAGCCGGCGACCUUUCGCAGUUCCUACCCACCGGAUGCGGACUCGACGAGUCGGCUGAUCUAUGCUCCCACUCCCAUAGGUUUACCCGCCGCACCGGCCGGGGCGGCUAAGGAAUCGAUUUCGCUGGUCAAAACCACCGGGACGUUCUUUCCGGAUGUGAAUGCGAAUAAGUUGAAGUAUUUUUGAAAUCGUGUGUACAGUUAGAUGUUCAUGGAUGUUGAAUGGUGUUUUCUAGGUUAUUGAUAUAGAACAUUAGAUCAUAGAGGCUCAACACGUAGAACGGUACGUAAACAGUGAAUUCAACAUACUGUGUCAUAGAAGAAAAAAAAACUCUGAAGAUACGUCAAUGCCAUAUUUGUUUGGCCAUAAGAGAUACUCUGAAAGAAAGGAGGAAGUUUUACAUAAAGAUUUUUAUUUUAAGAAACGUAUUAGUAUUAGAUCAAAUGUAUUACAUAUUCAAAGAUGAGAGUCAAAUGGUACUAUGAAGUUAUAAGGUUACGUAAUAUUUACUGUGGAUUGAAGCCUUCAAAAAUACAGUAAUAGA